GCGGAGACGGCGCUUGGGGUUGAGUUGAGUGGGUCCGAUUUGCCUUAACAGAGACUGACGACACUAAUCCACGCUCGGUUCACUUUGAAGUUUGAACCCCACCGGAUCCUGCCGCGGUGCUGCAUCUUCCUCGACUCAACUCGGACGGUAAAAAAAAAAAUACUUGCUGGGCGUGCGGCUGCCGCUUGAAUCGCCGGAGCAGUUGAGAUGGAGGACGGCGGGCUCGAGUUCCUGCUUGACGCCGUCGACCGGUGAGCGCUCGAAUCUACUACAGUACAAGCGUGCUAGGUUUUCCAGAUUUUUCUCAGCUGCCGCGGCUCGCGGGGUAAAGGGGCUGACAGGCUAAUUUUGCUUCCGCCAUUGCCGGGGGAUCAAUUGGUUCCCGCUGCGUGAGGAGUUGGCGGACAACCUACAGCACCCAGAUCCACUGCCGCUCGCUCUGUCGCAGCCCGAGCAAGUGAAUCCGGGCGACGAUGAUGGCCCCGAUGCCGCGUCCGGGUGCGGGCAGCGGGCUGGCGGUGCCCCAGAGUGCGGUGAGCGGCGGCGGCGACAAACAUCGCCCGCUGCUUCUGCGCAGUCUACUGACAGAGUUAACCCGCAAGCCCCUGGCUGGACCAAGAGGUUACGCCUGGGUAGUGCCGCUCCAGACAGGACGCCAUGCCCUUCUCGAAUGAGUGCAUUGGAGCAGACGAUCCGGAAAUAUGCCGAAGAGCCUACCAAGAGUGUGAUCAGACCAGAGCUUGGGCUAACUUUUGAUUCUCUUGGUGAGGCAUAUGACUUCUAUAACUUGUACUCGUGGGAGAUUGGGUUUGGAAUUCGGUACGGCAACAGCAGGAUAAAUGCAGAAAGGUCUAAAUCAAUGCAAGAGAUAGUUUGUGGCUGCUCGGGGAAGCCUGCGGCUGAGAACAGCAGAUCGUGCAGAUGCGAGUGCCCCGCAUUAGUACGUCUUUUGCGAGCAUCGGACAACAGUUGGUAUAUCACGGAACACCGUGAGGGGCACAACCAUUCCAUGUCACUUGCACUGGGAGAAAAGGUUCACUGGCCGUCACACAAACAUAUCGAUGUUUACACUAAAGAUUUGAUCAAGCAGCUUAGGGAGAACAAUGUGAACCUUGGGAAGGUCUACAACAUCAUAGGGAGUUUUUUUGGGUCUGUGGAUAAGGUGCCGUUCACAAAGAGGACACUGAGGAACAUAUGUGGUAAUAUAAAUCGUGAGCAAGCUGAUGACGAUGUGAGAAAAACCUUGGAGGUUUUUGCAGACAUAGUGGCUGGUGACCCAGGGUUCACAUACCGGGUGCUAGCCGACAGUAACAGCAGGGUGAAGAACCUGAUGUGGACAGAUGGAAGAAGCCGAAUGCAGUAUCAGUUCUUUGGCGAUGUGAUAACAUUCGACACGACAUACAGAACGAACUUAUAUGACAUGCCGUUUGGUCUCUUCAUAGGGGUCAACAAUCAUUUUCAAAGCAUUAUCCUGGCAGGGGUGCUGAUGAGAGAUGAGCAAGUUGAAAGUUUUGAGUGGGUUUUUGCUGAGUUCGUAAGGAUGAUGGGAGGGCCUAACAGGUUGAAUGCAAAACUCCAUCAACUGUUAAUCGAAGAUGCAGUCUAUCAAAACAAAGCUAUGGAAGUGGCGAUCAAUAAGGUGUACCCAGGUUGUGUGCAUAGAUGGUGCAAAUGGCACAUUCUGAAGAAAGCAAAAGAAAGCUUGGGACCACUAUACACGAAGAAAAACGACUUUCAGUCAGAGUUCCACAAGGUUGUCAAUCAUAUGCUAACCAAGGAUGAAUUUGAGGCAGCUUGGAACAUGCUGCUUGAUAAAUACAAUCUGAGGAAGCAUACUUGCAUGACUCAAAUCUAUGAAAUAAGAUCAAAAUGGGCAAAACCAUAUUUCAAAGGGGUGUUCUGUGCCAGAAUGACAAGCACGCAUUGCAGUGAGAGUGGGAACCACAUGUUGAAGUCCUACAUCCCUCGUGCAAGCCCGAUGCACGUAUUUGUGAGGCAGUACAUGAGGCUUCAGUUUGACCAAGAGCGAGAGGAAAGCUACGAGGAAAAGAGGACCAUGACUGGAGGCCUUGUCCGGAGAACAAAUUUGGCUAUAGAAAGACAUGCCAGCAACAUAUAUACGAGGGCUAUGUUUGAGGAGUUCGGCCGUCUACUAAUCGAGGGGACAUCAUACAAUGUGACCGAAGUUGAGAAGAUGAGGAAGUAUGUCACAACACACAACAACGCUGCAAACAGAGAGAAAUGGCGCAAGGUGGUUUAUGAGGUGGUCAUAAACGAGGAUGGAUCAGAAUUUACUUGUGAGUGCGGACAAUUUGAGCACACGGGAAUGCUGUGCUGCCAUGUACUUCGGGUGAUGGAUGUACUCCACUUGGAGGAGAUCCCCCAAAAACACAUACUGAAACGGUGGACAAAGGAUGCAAGAGACAUGCUGCCUGGGCACCUAGCUCAUUACCAAAAGGAUAACGCGGUAAACAUGUCUUUCACUUGCAGGCACUCGACGUUGUAUGCGAAAGCCAUGGAAGUAGCACGAUUGGGCGAUGCAAGUGCUGAAGCGUUCCAGCACAUGUUCGCUGGUCUGAAAGUGUUAGUUGAGAGUGGGGCUGCUUUUGCAGGAAAAAAAGAUGGCUUGGGCUUUGAGGACCUUGUUAGAAAUUUGCCUGGUGGAAGGUUGCCGGGCAAUGGGGAGAUUGAAUUUGUGGUCAAUGACGGCACUUGCCAUGAGGAGAGUGCAGGGCGGUCCGCAAGCAUCAAUGGUCUGCUUUUCCUUUGUGCUCCAGACAAGCAAAGGGGCAUAGGUCAUCCGACAAACAGCAGAGAGAAAGCUCCAUAUGGGUGUCUGAGCAAGCGGACGCGGCUCUGUAGCAUUUGUCGUCGUGAAGGCCACAAGCGAAGCACCUGCCCAGACAGGGGGGAUGCCCCGAAGAAACCACGCAAACCUGGCAAAUGCAAGAACUGUGGCAUUGAGGGACACCGGAGGAAUACAUGCACACGGCCGCUUGGUGUCGCCGAGAAGAAAUAGUAUUCGGCAACUUAGUUCUGUUCAUUGCUGGAAAUCUGUCAAAUCUGAGGAUUUUCUGCUGUGUUUUAGAGAGCAUUUGCUCCACGCUUGUUGCUCGUCUUUGAAAUCGCCGGACAAAACUUUAUCUAGUGACGAUGAACCCCUGUAUUUCGAAAAAUCUGCAGAUAUUAGCUUGCACUGCCUGAUGUAGACUAGUGUCUCUGCUGCUGUGAUGACUGAUGAGCACACGUGUCUGGGUUUGGCCAAGGUGUGCAGCUACCCACCCACGACAGCAGUUUGUGCGCCAUGGAGUUCAAAAUUUGAGCUGCUUGCAUAGUAAAAGCAGUUUGUGUUAUGCUGGCUGGCAGAUGCCUUCUAUAAAACUUGGCACCCCCCGGCCACUUGUCGCGAGGCCGAACAGUCUGUGGUAAGGUUUGGAGAGAGGCACGGGGAUCCAGCCUUUAGCUUCGUGAUGGCUCCAUCGCUGUUUGAAUCGAGUGAAUAGCAAAAAACUAUCACAUUACGGGCUAUCGUUCCAAAAAACUAUCACUUUUUUUUAAUUUUUUAAAAAACUACCACAAAAGUGGUGGGCUG